AUGGUCCAGCUGUGUCGCGAGGAGCUGUUUCCCACCAAGACCCUCACGGUGGUGGGCUGGGCACUGGUGGAGGCCGCCGGCUACAGCUUCGUGGAGGGCUCGAGGAAGGAGGAGGACUGUGUGGUCCUUCAGUGUAGGGAGCAGAACCAGCUCUGCAUUGCCAGCUAUAAUGUGGAGGAUGAUCAGGUGAACUGCUUCAUUCGUAUUCCCAUGGAGAAGGUCAAGAAGAUAGUCAUUGGUCCACUGGGUACCAUCCUGAGGAGCUCUCAGAAGAGGCUGCACAUGCGUCUCUACUACACUCUCAUGGACUCCAGACAGUGCUACUUCACUCUCAAGACCGUCAACUUUACCUCCAUGGAAGAAGACAGAGAUAUUCUGCUGAGUAUUGCCAGAACCCUCUCCAGCAUCUGUACUAACAUCUUGGUACAGGAGCAAAAGCUUACCAAGAAGAAAGGUCCAGUCCAUCAGGGAGUCAUAUAUCUAGUGAUGCCCAAAGAGCUGGCGUGGGAGGAGACCCUCUUGUCAAGAACUAACAAGGCUAAGGAGGAGGGGGGAGAUGGAGGAGAUUCAGUCGAGGAGGGAGAGAUGUGGGAGGAAGAGGAAGAAGAAGAGGAUGAGAGAGAGCAGUCUCUCUCAAUGCCAGCCUCUCCUACUCUGCCUAAGAGACCUGUG